AUGGUGGUGAGGAAUCUCUCCCCGCCCCCGCAACCCCCCUCGGAGGAGCUAAACGGCCUCGCCAAGAAGGGUUCGCGUUUAAGCAAUGGAAAUGCUACGAUACCCGCGAGGAGGAAGCUUCGUUCCGCAAAGACCUCGAGCUGGCGCGCCUGGCUAUUUAACACAGCUGCGAGGCUCUUCACUUGGUACGCCAUCCUCACAAUCCUCUUCCGGUGCCCAUCCACGUUAGAAGAAUGCGACGAGACCUCUCCGGUGAUUUGCAAAGCCUACUUCCACACCAAGGCUGCCAUCAUUCCACACGUCGAGCCCUACCUAGACGAAUACGCCGCCCCUUACGUGGAGAUUAUCAAUCCGUACUUCCAAGCCGUUUCCAACAGCGUCAUCACACCAACCCGCGCCGUAGUUGAGCGAUACGGCGCGCCCAAGGCUCAACAAGCGAAGGAGUACCUGCAGGCUCACUGGGCAACCACAGGCCAGCCUCAGGUGGAUAAAGUUCGCGAAUUGGCGAAUGAGCAGUACCAGCGCAACCUCGCUCCUUAUUUGGACCAGAUCUCGCAAAGUUUGGCGCCAUAUUACGACGCUGCGCGAACGAGCGCCCUGCGGACAUACGAUGAGCUUCUUUUACCGAGCUACGAAUUUGUUAAACCCUACGCUUUGAUAGCUUACGAUGCCGCUCAGACCGUCACUACAGAAACCAUUAUUCCCUCUGCUGUCUGGACCUUCAACAAGACGUAUACCUUCCUUGAUGAUAAUGUCUGGCCACAUGUUAAGGGGCUCUAUGUUGAAAACGUCGAACCUCAACUCGUCAGGAUCGGGCAGCGUCUCGGACGCUACAGGGACGCACCAAGCACCGGUAUCCCUAAGAAGAGUGUGCCUCCUAGCCCCGACACGAAAUCGUCCUCGUUCGUAGUCAAGCCUUCCGAGUCAACACCGCCGCAGGUUUCGUCCUCCGUCGCAUCUGCGAAGACCACGUCGGUAUCCACCGUCCCUGCUCCUGAGUCUAGCGCCGGCGGAAAUUCUAACGCCAGCCCCGAGACACAAUCGGAGGCCGAGGUUGAGGUCGAUGUUAAGCCUAAAACCUCUGAGAAGCCCUCACAGGAGGAAAUUCGACGCCUCGCUGCCGAGACUGUCGCCGAGGACUUGAACCAGUGGCAAACCAAGUUCGCCAAUGCGGCGGAUGAGGGCGCCGCUGAGAUGGAGGAUAAAGUACAUGAGAUCUCCGAAAGCAUGAUAAAAUCACAUGUCCGGGGUCAGGGGGACAGACUUGUCGCCGAAUUGAAGGAAGCUGCCGAGGAAGAGAUUGCCAAGCUUCACAAGAACAUUAUUUCGCUCGUCCAGUCAUCCUCUAAGGUGACCCGAAGUGAAACUGAAGAAUCGGCCUUUGCGGCCGUCCGACAGGCUGGUCUUAUCGUCAAGGAGAAGGCUGAAAAGAUUCGCACCUGGCGCGAGGAUUUCGAGGCGGAUUUGCACGCUGCCGUAACCGCGGCCGCACAGGAACAUUUCAACAUACUCGGCAACAUGAGGGAUUUGGCUCUACAGAAGAUCGGCAUGAAGUGGGCGUGGAUGGACGGCGUCACGUAUAAGGACUGGGCGAAGUACCACGACAUGAAAAAGCGGUUCGACGAGUGGACAGAAGAACUUCAGCAACUGAUCGUGACCCACCCCGCCUUGGAAGCCGCCAUGAACGAAGCGGCAUAUGUGGAGGAUGACGGCAUGGAGGCAGCACAGAAUGCAGCUAGGGAGCUUGCGCGUCUGAAGCAAGUUGCUGCCUGGAAGAUUGGGGCAGGUGACGCUUCGGACAACUUCGAUAGCGAUGAUAUGAGACGUGCGGCCGAAGCAGCGGAUGCCAACCCGGAUACCAUACCAUCACACGUCGUCGACAAUCCAUCGGCGGAGCAUCCAGACGCCGAUACCGAGCUCGGAACUUCUCCCGAAGAUGCUCCAGAACCCGUUCCCGAAGCCGACGUCGAGGACGAAGUAGAGGGAACCCCUAAGAACCCCCAAGAUGCCCAAACCGAGGCGGCAGCUGACCCUUUGCCCGCUGAAGAGGAUUUCGAGACUGAAACGCGGGGUGAUGCCGAGCUCCCUCCCUUGGAAAAGGAUGAGUCUGCAGAUGUGCCUAUCAAGGCUGAAGCUCACGCAAUUGUUGAGGGAGAAAGCGACUCCGAAGCUAUUAUACCUGAGCCUGCCGAAGAGGAUGAGAAUGCUGUGGAGCAUGCAGAGGCCGACGCGGUACCCACUGCAGAUUCUGAGGAUACUGCUGUUGCAGACGAUGCGGAAGCGGAUUCGCCUGCUGCCAGCGUUAUCCCGCCCGUCGAGGAGAUGCCUCCCGUACAACCGAUUAUUCCUGGUGCAGCAGCGGCAUCUGUAGAGGGCGGGAGUGAGCCGAUCCUUGAUGAAGCGGAGGAAACCGAGGAGGAAAUUGAGGAGAGCGUUACUGUUUCAGAGGCGUCUGCUUCUGCAAGCGAAGCCCCCGCUGCUGAGCAUAGCCGGGGAGCAGCUGACUUGGAAGAAGAGAGUGCUCCUGUUGCUGACGACAAGCCCGAGGAGCCUAUGUCCGAACAGACAGAUAAAAAGGAUGCCGACAGCCUUCUAUGGUCCGACAACGCGGAGGCGACAUAUGCGACCGUCAAAGAUGAGCUAUAA